UUCCUCCGGCUGAAUGCCCGAGCCUGCGCGCGCGCUCGCGCGCUCCCGCUCGCAGCCGGGCUCGGUGUCGGGAGCGCGCUCUGUGUGGCCGCUGCCGCCAUGUUGUUGUGGUUGUGAGAAGGCGGCGGCGGAGGAGCGGCCGGACUAGACGCUCCUGCGGCCCAGGCGCUGCCCUCCGUGGCCCCAAGGCUGGGAGCCUCGUGGGGGUGCUGGUGGCAGAGGCGGGCCUCGCCAUGAUCUGCCGUCCGAUUUCCUUGUGAAACCUUCCAGUGAAGUUCUUCGGCCCAACUUCAUUUGAUUUCAGCCUAACGGACAGAAGAGCCUUGUUAGACACAGAAGACAGACCGGGGAUCUCUCUUGACCUGGGCAUCCUGUCAUGGAUGAAGAGACUCGGCACAGGCUUGAGUGCAUCCAGGCCAAUCAGAUCUUUCCCAGGAAGCAGCUGAUCCGGGAGGAUGAGAAUCUUCAGGUUCCGUUUUUUGAGCUCCAUGGAGAGAGCACAGAGUACGUGGGCCGUGCUGAGGACGCCAUUAUUGCCCUUUCUAAUUACAGACUUCACAUCAAGUUCAAGGAGUCUCUCGUUAAUGUUCCAUUGCAGCUUAUCGAAAGUGUUGAAUGCCGAGACAUAUUUCAACUACAUUUGACUUGCAAAGACUGCAAAGUUAUCAGGUGUCAGUUUUCAACCUUUGAGCAGUGUCAAGAGUGGCUGAAGAGACUAAACAAUGCAAUCCGACCACCUGCUAAAAUAGAAGAUCUCUUCUCAUUUGCAUACCACGCUUGGUGCAUGGAGGUUUAUGCCAGUGAAAAAGAGCAGCAUGGAGACCUGUGCAGACCAGGGGAACAUGUAACGUCAAGGUUUAAAAAUGAAGUGGAGCGGAUGGGUUUUGAUAUGAACAAUGCCUGGAGGAUUUCCAACAUCAAUGAGAAGUACAAGUUGUGCGGUAGUUAUCCACAGGAGCUCAUCGUGCCUGCCUGGAUCACUGAUAAAGAGCUAGAAAGUGUAGCGAGCUUCAGGUCCUGGAAGCGCAUCCCUGCCGUGGUCUACAGGCACCAGAGCAAUGGCGCGGUCAUUGCCCGCUGUGGUCAGCCGGAGGUCAGCUGGUGGGGCUGGCGAAACGCAGACGACGAGCACCUGGUGCAGUCGGUGGCCAAAGCCUGUGCCUCGGACUCCCGAUCCAGCGGCUGCAAGCUGUCGGCCAGGAGUGCUCGAGACUUUGCCAGCGGGGCUGGCCUCUCGGAUGUGGAGUUCGAUUCUUCAUCAAAUACCACGGGAGCAGAGAGUCUAGCCAUCCAGCCACGGAAGCUUCUGAUCUUGGAUGCACGCUCCUAUGCAGCGGCUGUGGCCAACCGAGCCAAAGGAGGAGGCUGUGAAUGCCCAGAGUAUUACCCAAACUGUGAAGUGGUGUUUAUGGGGAUGGCAAACAUUCAUUCUAUUCGGAGAAGUUUCCAGUCUCUACGAUUGCUGUGCACACAGAUGCCGGAUCCAGGAAACUGGCUGUCAGCUCUUGAAAGCACAAAAUGGCUCCAUCACUUGUCCAUGCUGCUGAAAUCGGCCCUGCUGGUGGUGCACGCUGUGGAUCGGGAUCAGCGGCCAGUGCUCGUGCACUGCUCCGACGGCUGGGACCGCACGCCCCAGAUCGUGGCGCUGGCCAAGCUCCUGCUGGACCCUUACUACCGGACAGUAGAGGGAUUCCAGGUCCUCGUGGAGAUGGAGUGGCUGGAUUUUGGCCAUAAGUUUGCUGACCGGUGUGGUCACGGGGAGAACUCGGAUGACCUGAAUGAGCGCUGCCCGGUGUUUCUGCAGUGGCUGGACUGCGUUCAUCAGCUUCAGAGGCAAUUCCCUUGCUCUUUUGAGUUCAACGAAGCAUUCCUUGUUAAACUAGUGCAGCACACCUAUUCCUGCCUCUUUGGAACAUUCCUGUGCAACAAUGCCAAGGAGCGAGGGGAGAAGCACACUCAGGAGCGCACAUGCUCAGUGUGGUCACUUCUUCGGGCAGGCAACAAGGCUUUCAAGAACCUACUGUACUCCUCGCAAUCAGAGGCCGUGCUGUACCCUGUGUGCCAUGUACGUAACCUGAUGCUGUGGAGUGCAGUGUACCUGCCGUGUCCAGCCCCAUCCGCCCCUGUGGAUGACAGCUGUGCGCCGUACCCAGCCCCAGGCACCAGCCCUGAGGAUUCCCCACUGAGCCGGCUGCCAAAGACGAGAUCAUUUGACAACCUGACCACAGCCUGCGACAACACAGUGCCUCUGGCCAGCCGGCGCAGCAGCGACCCCAGCCUGAAUGAGAAGUGGCAGGAGCACAGACGAUCGCUGGAACUUAGCCAUCUGGCUGGCUCCGGGGAAGAGCCCCUGGGUGUGGACAGCCUGGGGAAGCCCAGCAAAGCACCGGGGGGUGCUGAGCUGUCGGUGGCAGCUGGGGUGGCUGAGGGGCAGAUGGAGAACAUUUUGCAAGAGGCCACUAAAGAAGAGAGUGGGGCUGAGGAUCCUGCCCACAGGAGGGGCUGUGAGAUGCGGGAGGUCAAGGAGGAGGCACCCUCGGGAGAGGAGGGCAGCAGGGAGAGUGCGGGAGGCUCGGCUGUUGCGCUCCACCGAGACCCAGGACAGCCGGAUGCUGCUCUGAGCAGCCAGCUGGGCCCGAGCCUGCCUCUGCUUGCCCAGGGUGCUUCUGAGUGGCAGGAUGAACAGAGUCUUCUCCCCAGUUCUCAGCAGGUCCCCUCGGCAGGGGAGGAGUCCCAGACGGCCCCUGAACAGCUGCAAGCAGCAGACCCCACACAGGGAGGGGAGGAAGCCACCGUUCCCAUUCCUGGGGGUGCAAAUGUUGGCUACGGUACCUCACAGUCUAGUUCUCUGCCACCUUCCCAAGUCCCAUUUGAGACCAGAGGACCAAAUGUGGACAGCCCGGUGGACCUGAUGAUAGAAGAUAAGGUCAAGUCAGAAAGUGGUCCCCAAGGACAUCACAAACCUUGCUUGGUGAAGAGUGGCGAGGACACGGGGCCUAGGCCUUCCGAGAGCUUCCAAGCAGAGUUUGAGGUGUUCAGGACUUCCCCUGGCAGCACUCGGAACCCACCCUGUGCCCCCUGUGCCUUGCCCUUAGCUAAAUGUAAAGAGGGGCUUGUGUGCAAUGGUGCCCUGGAGGCAGAAAACAAGGCCUCAGAACUGCCCCUAGCACUCAGUACCUUCCACAAGUGCCCUGCGCUCAACGGGCACUGCGCCAACGGGGAGCUUGGUAGGAGCAAGGACUCCCUGAGCCGCCAGGUAUCGGCUAUGAGCUGCAGCUCUGCCCACUUACAGUCGAGGAAUGUGCACCACAAGUGGCUACACAGCCACUCUGGGAGGCCAUCCACAACCAGCAGCCCCGAGCAGCCUUCCCGCAGCCACCUGGACGACGACGGCAUGCCUGUGUACACGGACACAAUCCAGCAGCGUCUGCGUCAGAUCGAGUCCGGCCACCAGCAGGAAGUGGAGACCUUGAAGAAACAAGUCCAGGAGCUCAGGAGUCGCUUGGAGAGCCAGUACCUGACCAGCUCCCUACACUUCAAUGGGGACUUUGCGGACGAAGUGACUUCAAUCCCCGACUCGGAAAGCAAUCUGGAUCAGAGCUGUUUGUCUCACUGCAGCACAGAGAUUUUCUCUGAAGCCAGCUGGGAGCAGGUGGAUAAACAGGACACGGAGAUGACUCGUUGGCUCCCUGACCACUUGGCUGCUCACUGCUAUGCCUGCGACAGUGCCUUCUGGCUCGCCAGCAGGAAGCAUCACUGCAGGGAUGCUGACUGUGUUGAUCAAACGUGGAAUUGUGGGAACGUAUUCUGCUCCAGUUGUUGUAACCAGAAGGUUCCAGUCCCCAGCCAGCAGUUAUUUGAACCCAGUCGAGUAUGCAAGUCUUGCUAUAGCAGUCUACACCCCACGAGUGCCAGCAUUGAUAUUGAACUGGAUAAGCCCAUUGCUGCCACUUCAAACUGAAGCUCAGUAACUCCGAGUGGGCACAGGCCAAGCUGCUGUCCUCGGAGACCCACCCAGCCUGGGCAGCUGCGAGGCUCGUGCACUCUGGAAUGAGGGCAUGCAUCCACCUGUACGGAGAGACGGAAAUCUGGGAUGUUACCACUGGAUUGUAGAUUCUUUCCUCUUCACCCCCCAACCCCUUUUGCCAUCCUCUGACUUCACACAAGAAAAAUGUCCUCUGGUUGUCUUAAUCUUUAUGGGGGUGGUCUAUAGAUCAGAAUUCCCAGGCCCUUUCUAAUUGCUGAGCCACUGCUUCAGGGCUGCGGAGGUCUGGCUUGGUUCUUUCUGGGUGGGAGGAAGCUGACCAGGGCCUGGAGUGGAGUCCUUGAGAUGGGGAGCAGGGCAGCUGGCCAUUGCUAAUGCUGGUAACAAUGCCUCGCAUCCCUGCUGGUGACACCACAGCACCUGUCCCAGGAUCUCUGCCGUCUCCCUCCUGAG